UAUAAAUGUUUAUGCAUGUGUAUAUACACAACUGCAUAUACAAAAAUAUACACACAAGCAUGUAUACAAUAAGUGUGUAUAUGUGUAUCUAUAUUAAUAUGUCAUUAAUGUUUCUGAAGAUGUUGCAUGAAAUAUUUCCUUUCAUUAGUAUUCUAGAUAGAUGGAUUGCUUAUGAAGCUUUUAAAAAUAUCAAUUAAUUAAAGCCACAAACUGGAAAACCAAGCUAAAAUUAAGUCAAAUAAAACUUUAGAGGCCAAAAGCUACCCUGGCUUUCGUUCUUUAAAUUAUCAAAAAUAUCUUCUAUAUUUCCAUAGAAAGUCAAAGUUAAGUUUUAGUAUCUAUAUUUGAACUUCAAUCAUAAAAUAUGUGUUGUCUCUGUGCCCUGUUGAUUUAGAAGGUGAGUGGUAUGCUUCCUUCAUCUGUAGAAAUAAAAUGGGACACUACUGUAGUUAUCAACACAUAACAGGAAACACAUUUUUUUUUGUUUUUUUCUGAAUUAUAUUGACUAUAUAGGCUCUGAUCAUGCAGUCACUUAUGCAUGUACUUAAGCAUAUGAAUAGCCUCAUUGACUUCAGUGGAGCUACUUGUGUGUUUAAACUUAAGAAUGCAUGUGUACAGAAUCAGGGCCUAAGUGUACAUCAGUUGGUCAACAUGCUUAUUAGUACCUGUAUAUAGAAGAUGCUGUGUAAAAGUGAUUAUCUUCCCUCAGUGUGAACUCAGAUGGUGCUUACAAAAAGACAAAGAAAACACUGAAUUUUUAGAUGCUGAAAUGAAAAUAGUACUCAUAUAUUAAUCACACAUCUGACUUUUGCCCAUAAUGUUUGUUUAUAUUUUGUUUAGUAAAAUCAGUUUAAUAAAGUGUAAAGGAUUUUUUUCAUUUGGGCAAAAAAGAACUGAAAUACUAUGUAUUUUUAUUUUUGCACAAAGCAUGAUCUUUCUCCUUCUCCCUUUUUAUAAACAAAAGCAUAACUUAUUUCAUUUUAUUUUAAAUGUCUAACCCUAUGAUUAUUGAUGCAGCAUCCCAUAACUAAUGCUGACCCAAUUUCCCAAAAAGAUGUUCAUUGUGCAUUUAAAAGGUUGAAAAGGUUUUUGUGGUUUAAAUGUUGUUACAUAUUUUACAGCAUUAGGAUCUAUGGAAUAUUUUGACAACUGCAACAGUUCAAUGAAGUUGCAAGGAGCAAAUAAUGCAGAAAAAUUUGACUAUAUGAUGCACUUUAUGAAUAAUAUGGCUGGUAACGAGUAUGUUGGAUUCAGUAAUGCCACGUUCCAGUCUGAAAGAGAGAGUGGAGAUCGAAAUUUUGCAAUUGGCUACUAUCUGAAAGAAAAGAAGUGUUUUCCAGAAGGCACAGACAUGGUUGCUAUAUUAGACUUCUACUUUCAGCUGUGUUCUAUUGAAGUGACCUGUGAAUCGGCUAGUGUGAUGGCAGCAACUCUGGCUAAUGGUGGCUUUUGCCCAAUUACUGGUGAAAGAGUACUGAGCCCUGAAUCAGUCCGGAAUACCUUGAGUCUAAUGCAUUCCUGUGGCAUGUAUGACUUCUCAGGACAGUUUGCCUUCCAUGUUGGUCUUCCUGCAAAAUCUGGAGUUGCUGGUGGCAUUCUUCUGGUUGUUCCUAAUGUUAUGGGUCUGAUGUGCUGGUCACCUCCUUUGGACAAAAUGGGCAACAGCGUUAAAGGGAUUCACUUCUGUCAUGAACUGGUUUCUUUGUGCAAUUUCCAUAAUUAUGAUAACUUGAGGCACUUUGCAAAGAAGCUUGAUCCUCGCAGAGAAGGUGGUGAUCAGCGGGUGAAGUCUGUGAUAAAUCUCCUGUUUGCUGCCUACACUGGGGAUGUAUCUGCACUCCGAAGAUUUGCUUUGUCGGGUAUGGAUAUGGAGCAAAGAGAUUAUGAUUCACGAACAGCAUUGCACGUAGCAGCUGCAGAAGGUCAUGUGGAAGUAGUUAAAUUUUUGCUGGAAGCCUGCAAAGUGAAUCCUUUCCCCAAAGACAGAUGGAAUAAUACUCCUAUGGAUGAAGCUUUACAUUUUGGACACCAUGAUGUAUUUAAAAUUCUUCAAGAAUUCCAGAUCCAGUACACACCUCCAGAGGAUUCCAGCGAUGGAAAGGAAAAUCAAACAGUUCAUAAAAAUCUAGAUGGCUUACUCUAACCAUCUUCAGCUAGAUCACAAGAGUCAAAUCACUUACCUAUGUUAUUGUGGAAAAUGAGUAUGAAGAGCGUGUGUAUUUCUGUCUGACAGUGGUGUAUAUUUUACAGAAUAUUUCAUUUAUUUCAGUGUUACAGGAGUUUUCUUCAUGAUAUGCAGUGGACAAACCCAAUCGCUCCAAAAAACAAACAAACCCCAAACACCCCCCCGAGAAUCUCCUUCCGUAAAGUGAGCAAUAUUACCUCGUGUUGCAUAUAAUUGAUGUAAAGGAAGUAUUAGCUGUUGAUGGCUUUACUGUGCACUACUUAAUUUAUUUUUGUGUUCUAUGUAUAUCUUCAAACCGUGGUCAGGAAUUUUUCUGCUGAAUUUGCAUUUCUAAACAAAUCUCUUACAGUGUGGCCAAGUGGAACCAUGCUGUUGCCGUGUGCAAGUGUCAUUGUGGUUUUGCUAGAUUUCAGGAGUUGAGGAUGCUGGUGUAGAUUUAACGUGGGUGUGUUGAACAAGGAUCUGCAUUUAUCUUGAUUUCCCAUGGAACCUUGUUUACAUAGUCACCUUGUCACCUAGAUCGAUCGGUCAAUCAGCCCUCACAGAGAGCGCUGAUCACAACACAUUGUUCAUGUUGUUCUAGCGAGUCCUUCAGCCACCCACUGGCCAGGCUUGUCAGUGGCACCAGACACCUGAUCGGCAUAGCACACCUCAGCCCAGAACCCCUGAGCUCAAGCGAUCCGCCAGCCUCAGCCUCCCAGGUAGCUAGGAUUACAGGCGCGUGCCACCUUGAAUGGUUGUUUACAUAGUAUAAAUCUCAAAAUAAUGGUGACAUUUGUCAGUGGUCUGGGCUAAUUGUUCUUAGAGAUGAUUUUUUCAGGGAGUCUGUUUUAAGGUUGGUUUGAUGACCAAAUGCCAUGGAGGAAUAUCACUUGUUUGACUUUUUUUUUAGCUGUUCCUUUCAAAUGCCCAUUGUCCAGCCUCUCUCUCUGUCCAUAUUCAGCUGCUGAAGUGCUUUCCCUUUAGUUGGGGAAAGCAGGCGCUUCCACAGUAUGCAUUGGUUCCUGACAGGCAUAUGUGCAUCAUGGGGGAUCUUGUAGGCUGCAAAAUAAUUCAUCUCAGUCUUAUGUUUUGUCCUUAGCUGCAACUACACCAAAAACAUUUUAGGGGAAUGUAAGUAUAUGAAAGGCAAAAUACUAAACCAAAUGUUCUAAAUCAGUUAGGCUCACAAUAAAAAACACUCAUGGAGUGAAACAGCUUAAAGAGGCAUAAAGCUAAUCAAAACAUGAGCAAGGUUGUGGAUAUGCCAAACUGUGGGUCUGUCUCUCUUCUUAUGCUGGCAUAAAUCCUUGAAUAGUUUUGUUGAAGCUUCUGAAGUUACGCUGGUGUAAAACAGGUAAGAGAUCAGAAACAGGGCCACAAAUCAAGCAGUUCAUUUGUGUGUGAACUGUUGCAUUUGCCCUCUUCACAUGGUAGUCUGUGCCCCACGUAUAUCAGGCGUUAGAAAUCUAAAUCCAAAUAUUUGUUCUAUUUUGGGACCAUUACACUACAUCAGCUUCUUGCCAAUGCAGCAAUAUGUCUGAUUACUGACACUGCAAUAUGAGUGAAGUCAUCUUUAAAAAAAAAAAAAAAAAAAACCUGGGUAGGAGUAUCUAUUUCACAUUUGUUGGAAGUAGGUGAUAGUCAAGAAUCAGGCAGUGUAUGGGAAUAAAACCAUUUGAGGGAACUUCACACAUCUCAAAGAUAAGGCAGUAAUAAUAAUUCAUCCAUAGAUCUCAAGGUGCCCACUUUACAGAUGGUGAAACUGAGGCAUGGAGAGGUCACCCAGAAAGUCAGUGGCAGAGUCAAGGUAUGGAACCCUUGUCUCCUGCGUCCCACUCCAGUGCUCUAGCCUCUGUGCACAUUGCCUCCCCUAAGGAGGAGAAAUCAAAUGGAGGCACUUGAUAUUCAGCACAAGCAGUGGCCUAUCUCAUAAUAAAGAUGCUGUCCUGUAGUAGUUUGAAAGCCUAAACCCCUGAAAUCUGAUUGGUAAAAAUGCUUGCCUGGCAUUAGUCACUCUCCCCCCGAUCUGAUAUUGCUGCUUUUUGCCUCAAGUCAAUUAUUCACUCGACGGCCUCAUGCUUUUAUAACCUUCACCUUUCAUGCCUUGUGUCGCAGCCACCUUCCUCCUUAACCAAGAACUGGAUGGGAUUCCCUUUGAACCCUUCUUGGCCAGAUGGGUCACUGUUGAGAGCACAAGGCCCUGUCUCUGCUGCACUCCUACAGAGGAUAAAACGAGGCAAACUAAAUCCCACGUUUUCCUCUCUAACAUUCUUGGACCUACCAAAUUGAUCCUAUGGGAGUAAAAUUUCUCAGGUUGGGCUCUGGGGGGGGGUGUACUGAUUAGGUCUCAAGCUAUGAGACGCAUUCUGUUUGUUAACUUAAUCAGAUUUCUAUGUAUCUCUGGUUUGCUAAGAAAAUGUAUCCUCUGUGGUCUCAGAAAAAAUGUCAGUGAUUUAUUUUGAUGUAAUUGAAAUCAGUCAAAAUGUACUUUGCUCGAACAAUAACCUUUCCAAAAGGUAGAUAUAUGUACUGAGAAGAUAAAGGCAUUUUAAUUAAAUAGCAUAGAGAUUGUGGCUGUCCCUGAACCUAAUGUUUUCCUCCACUAUAUUAAGAGCUUUUAGCUAGAAUUUUAGCACCAAUGCAUUUUCACCAGGAUAGUUUUAGCAUUUUCUCGUUGUACCAGGAGAUAUUAUUUUGCAAAGAUUUGUGCCCAGUGGAAGCAGUGCAUUUAUAUAUGCAAUUAUUUAUAAAUAUAUGUAGUUCACUGGUGUGGCUGCUCAUCAUUGCUGGCACUGACAUGUAGAUUUUAAUUUAAAUGGCUUUUGUUGUGUUAUCAAAUGCUGACAUCCUUAUGCUCCAAAGAGUUUUCUGUGUUAUGUCAUAUAUGUGCUUCUUAUGUAUCACAGCAACCAGAAAUGGUUAAGCUAACUUAAUGCUUUGUACAUAGAAAUAUUGUGCUGGUCUUAGCGUUAAUUAUCCCAUCUUUUUGUGAAAAAUGUGAUGUACUGGGCUGAUACUUUUUAGCUGCAGAGCUGGACUGUCAAUGAGUGUUUUUAUUGAUGCUGUACUUACUAUCAGCAAUUGUGACUGAUUGGUGUGACAUUUUAGAUUCCUUAUUGUGGGGAAUAGACAGUGAUGAAUGUAUUUGCUUUCAGCAAUUUUCCUGUAAGUGAAUCUAAAUUUAAAAAUACUUGAGCUGUACUGGUUCUGAAAAUGAAAGAUAUUUAUUUUAAUGAAUAAAAUCCAGGUAUUGUUGCUUUUUACAGCACAAUUAAAAAGGAAUACCAAAAAAUA